AUGCCUCAUCACCAACAUUUCGGGUCGACACCUUCGAGACAAGAUUACGGCGCGAUCGCUGGCGUGGACACCCAAGCGAAGCCCAACCACCAGCUUUGCGCCGUAGGCGCAUUCAUCGAGUUGUCACAACAUCCUUCCACCACAGAGUACCCAGCUGUCGAAGUGUCUCGACACGAGCCGCCUCACUUUGACGACCUUUACGAGUCUCACGAUCCUCACCCAGAACCAUCACCCCGACGCCAGCAACAACUAUCCACACCGCUUCUCCAAAGAGAUCCUAUAUCCUCAGGCUCAAGCACCGCCCGGUCUCUGCGAAGGACUCCCCGACUCCCAGAAAGACAGACUGGCCGAGAUACGGGAUCUCGUCCUGCUCACCGAGUGAGAAGGCCAGAGACACCGCCCGGCACACCCCCAGUUCAGUUCGACGAUUCUGACUCUACUUCUCCACAAUUCUUCCAGCGACUGGUGCAGGACGAGUCAUUUUGGCCGCGGAGGACAACCCGUAUUUCCCGAAACACUCACGAAGCAAUCUUGUAUGCUCUGGAAGCUAUCAGAAGAGGUAGUGGUGUCAAUCCAAAGCCACUGACUGCGGAUUUACUUGAAGAAGAGGCUCGAAUGUCAGAUCUGACAGGGGGAUAUCCGCCCGGUACCGUUGCUGCAUCUGGUCGGACGCAAAAUGGAGGAGCAACUCGUGCGACAGCCGCUGCUGGUACUGGGCCUACCCCGACCGAACCACCUCGAUAUCGUACUCCGACGGAAGUCAUGCGAGAGCGACGAGCGCGGGAAGCUCGCAAAGCCGAGGAGGCAGCCGCCAGGCUUCGUCAAGAGGAGGAAAGGAGGUUAAUGCAAGAGGGACAAGUUGUUGGCGUUGGGGAUGAUCCAACGCGACGAGUCUCGGGGAGGCCGGGGGCUCAGUCCACCCAGGCCUAUAACAUCGGUGGCACGUCCACCCAGGUACCGGGUCCUUCAACUCGGCGACAAGAAAAUGUCCCUCCAACACAGACAGGUGCCUCGAAACCGACCCCUACGCACUCUAGACCCGUUCAGAGUGGCGGGAGGGGCCCGACUGUCUCUGCAGCUGCACAGCGAGAUCGAACUGAAGCAUAUGAGCAGCUAAACAUCCCAUCCACAGCUAAGCCCACUGGACAGGCUGGACAGAAUCCACGGGCGACUCAACAGAGUCAACAACCCCCACAAUCUGCUGCUCAACCUGGACAACCGAGUGGACAACUCCCCGGAGCUGGAGGAAGGAGAGGGUUUCCUAGCGCCUUUGAGAGAUGGGAAGACUUGUCUUCACAUUGGGAAGGAAUCGUCUCAUCCUUCAUUCAUCGAUUGCAAAACAAUGCGGACGAAUUAGCUGGCAAGCCGAUGGAAAGACAGAUGGCACGACAGAUUGAAGACUUGUCUGCCGCGGGCGCGAACUUAUUCCACGCUGUUGUCGAGCUUCAACGACUCCGAGCGUCUUCGGAGCGGAAGUUCCAACGGUGGUUUUUCGAAACAAGGCACGAGCAGGAGCAGGCACAGGAGCGACAAGCGGAGCUCGAACGUCAGCUUCGAGCAGAACGAGAAGCACGGACGCAAAGCUCCGCGUCGAUCGAAGCGGUCCGUGCCGAGAAACUCCGCGCAGAAGACCUGGUCAAGGAAAUGCGGCGGGAAUUGCAAAUCAGCAAAGAAGAAGCGCGGCGUGCCUGGGAAGAAUUGGGAAGAAGAGAACAAGAGGAGCGGGAGAGGACGAUCUCAUUACGGAGCGGAGAACCCACCCUAAUUGGAGGAGUUCAAGUUGUGCCGAUGCAAGGGCUUCCAAGUCGGCAAGUAAGCUCAGCGCAGCGACCACAGACCCGAGACGGACCGGCUGCUGGGGCUGGUCCGACAAUCUUGUCCGGCCAGCAGCAGCAGCCGGUGCAUGGUCCACAGCAGCCUCCCUCUCGAAGCCAGACUACAACAACAUCUCUCGACUCCCCGGGCGAAGAAAGUCGACAAUUCAGCUUCCAGCCUGACCCAAGAGAUUCCCCCACAGUGACGGAUCCGUUUACGGACACUUCUCGACAGCGUGAACCUCAAACCCAACUCCGGCACGAACCAGACACGCAGUUCUAUCCAAGUCCUCCCCAUCCAACACAGCCUCAGACCAGCGCUGCUGCAAUCGCUGCCGCCCGUGCCGCCACAUCAGGGGCCGGUUCAUUGUCCGGUCGAGGUCCGGGUGACACGCGCUUCUAUCAAGAGGCGCCCACUGGCGCAGCACCGGCCCCUGUACGCUCAGGAACCGGCGACACAGAGCGAUCAUACAUAGCGUCUACGGCCUCGGCCCUUUCGGAAGAGGAAUACCACAUCAACCCAGACGGCAGUUACAGACGCGACGCACACGGCCGCCGCAUCCCGUAUCGUCAGCCGAUUGGACAAAAUCCGCCGUCAGGACUAGCGGAAGAAGUGGAACUCAGCGAAGAUGAGCGAGGGGAGCAAGAAAUAGCGGAAGCAGAACUGUCCGACGACGAUGACCACACCGCCGAUGUGGAGCGCGAGAGGAUGUACGCUGCACAGUAUAGACAGGGACAGCCUGCACCACAACGCCUGCCUCCGACGACCUCAGGGUCUUCGGGCAUGCCGCGAACAACAUUAGGUGCACUACCUACCAUUCCGCAGGGUCAGAGAGCAGACCUGUCAGCACCCGAAUACGAAGAAGGCGAAGAAUACGAGUCGCCCGCCGUCACACAAGCAACCGCGACGUGGCAAGAUAGCCGUCAUCGCCAUCCAACGCGCCUGAGCGACAUCAUCGAAGAGCAGACCUCGCACACAAGCCCCAGCCGGAUGAGCCAUGCUAGCGGCACUGGCGGUCUACCUGGCGAAGGGUAUGGCCGAACAGGAAGCAAUACCGGGAACUCACGUUCAUCUGGACAGCGAUGA